AGUACGUCUGUCAGGUCUUCAGCCUCCGGUGUCAUUGGUGAAUGACCGAAGAUGUCUCACAGCAGGUUGUUUGCCAGGCUGCUUUUGCAGCAGAGUGGAGUCAGGCACUGUUAUACAGGAUCAAGAAAGAACCUCUACAUCAGCAAGACUACCAAGGUCAUCUGCCAAGGUUUCACAGGGAAGCAGGGAACGUUUCACAGUCAGCAGUCUCUUGACUAUGGCUCCCAGUUAGUUGGAGGUGUUUCCCCUGGCAAGGGUGGUAAGACGCACCUUGGCCUGCCAGUCUUCAACUCAGUCAAGGAGGCAAAGGAGGGCACAGGGGCAGAUGCCACUGUGAUUUAUGUACCUCCUCCAUUUGCGGCAGCAGCCAUCAUCGAGGCCAUUGACGCAGAGAUACCCCUGGUGGUGUGCAUCACUGAGGGCAUCCCCCAGCAGGACAUGGUGAGAGUCAAACAUAAGCUCCUGCGCCAGGGCACCACCCGCCUCAUAGGCCCCAACUGCCCAGGAGUCAUCAAUCCAGGAGAAUGCAAGAUUGGGAUCAUGCCAGGCCACAUUCACAAGAAAGGAAGAAUUGGCAUUGUGUCUAGAUCCGGUACCCUGACAUAUGAGGCCGUGCACCAAACUACACAAGUGGGCCUGGGACAAUCUCUCUGUGUUGGUAUUGGCGGCGAUCCAUUCAAUGGAACAAACUUCAUAGACUGUCUGGAGGUGUUCCUGCAGGAUCCCAAGACAGAGGGCAUCAUCCUUAUUGGAGAAAUCGGGGGCAAUGCAGAGGAGAAUGCAGCAGAGUACCUCAAACAGCACAACUCUGGUGCUAAUUCAAAGCCUGUGGUGUCUUUCAUCGCGGGGCUAACUGCUCCUCCCGGCCGUAGGAUGGGCCACGCCGGCGCCAUUAUCGCCGGUGGAAAGGGAGGAGCCAAAGAGAAGAUAGCAGCCCUCCAGUCAGCUGGAGUUGUAGUCAGCAUGUCCCCAGCCCAGCUGGGCAGUACUAUGUUCAAGGAGUUCGAGAAGAGGAAGAUGUUGUAAAUUGUGCGAGAAGGCACCAAACCUUUUACCCCCUGCUCCAAAAUUGAGAUGAACAGCCUGAUUCUGGAGGUGGAUAUGCCCUACAGGAUCUGUAAACCCUGAUUAUUUCAACUACAACGCGCACAUACAGUGUUUAUAUUGUAAUUUCUGCCAUGAACUUGUACCUUGCACAUAAUGAAAGAAUAAAACAUAGUGUCUUAAUGGUAUCCUAAAGAACUCAUUGUACACAAUGUGAAAGCUUUAUAGAUGUUUUUUCUUCCCCCACAUAAUGCCGACAGCUGAAGUAUGCCAUGGUAACCUUGGUGAUCUGUCGUUCUGUUAUACUCCUUCUGUAAGACAUAUUCCAUCACGCAUUUCACUGGCUGUCUACCUGAAUAAGAAAUAUUUCUCAUAUCA